CUCGACUUCUUAUUUACGCCGUCGCCCCGGUUGAUCGCUGAAGCUUCUUUCUGUGAAGGGCACCUCGUCUGGUUUGACUUGUCCCACGUUUCAUCGUUUCGCGUUCGAUGCCACUGAACUGAACGUCCAGCCAGCCGGCCUGGCCAUCAAGUCUCGUGUGAAACACCAGUUUGGCCUCCAUAUUAGAGGAAUCUCCCUUACAGCCGUCUAUCCUGCAUUGUUGAUUGCAUCCACUUGCCGACUCAGACGACAGUGAGGUGUAUUGGACGUCCACAAUCAUGCGUCUCCCACGGCUUCCCCCGCUUCGUACAUUUUUCGCGACGAGAUGGCGCAACCAUAACUUGAUCUUUAUGUUCAUGGCCGUCGAGUUGCCGCUCGCUAUCAUCCUGCUCACCCUGACCGGUAUCGCCAACCACGACCUCUACCGGACUAAGCUAUGGCAGGAUGGCGCAGACAAUGGGUUCAACAGCAACCCGAACGAAAGGCUUUACGCCGCGGCUAAUAAUCAACCUUACAAAACCCCUAUUGUUUGGAGUGGCUUCAUCACCGAGUACAACCUGGUCCUUGGGAUUCUGAGCCUCUUCGUCUGGAUCGCCAAAAUCCCGGUCCAUGUCCUUCACAUGCUGACACCGCCCUUGUCGGCCUUCCUCCACGCGGGCAUGAUUGCGGUGUGGUGUUACUCGGUUCGUUAUCAGGCUGGCCCCGAUAUGUCAGACCCCAAGCAUCCUCAACCAGGAGCGCCAUGGUAUAUCACGAAGAAGUGUACAGUGGCAGCAGUCAGGGAGGACAUCCAUUACUGCAACCAGGCUAAGGCGCUUUUUGCGUUCUCUAUUAUCAUGAUCUUCUACUACUUCACUGUCCUCUGUGUGAGCCUCCAGAACUGUGUUAUGACGAAGGAAGAGCUCGAGGAAAUCGAGGAGCUUAAGGAGGAGCAGAAGACCAUGAAGGAGUAUGAGGAUUAUGUUCUCAAGACGCCUGGCAUCCCAAUGACCCCGGCCCUGCCCAUGGGGACUCCUGCGCAUCCCAGGUACCCCGGACAAUCCGGGCCAAUGCCAAUGCCUUCCAAAUCGCCCUUCCACAAAAUCGUCACCCGCAGCACCGAUGCAUCGUCGUCAGAUCUCCCACUUCGCCAGCACUUCAGCUCUCCUAACCCUCGCCGUUCGAUGCAUCAAGAGUCGGCGGAGACACUCUCCGGCCAACAAGCUCAGUCUCAGACUUCUUUUGUCACGACUGUCAAGGGAUUCAUGAAAUAGAGUGCCUUACAUACUGCACGUACGUGUACUUGUUGACGGCUGGGGCCGAGGGUUCGCAUGUUCAUUGGCCCCACUUGCACAUAUGGCUGGUCUACGGUUGAGCCCAG